AAAGAAAAAAGAUGGCGGCCAGUGGUCGCCACGGCGGUCGACCUUUCGUUAAAAGUGGCCGAUUCAGAGCUCGGCAUGAAAGCGCAGAUGAAAUUUUAAAGCUGGACUUUUCGAGAGAACCUAGUGAAAAUUUGAAAGAGAUUUUGGCAGUGAUUGUUUCUCAAAGUAGUGUGUCGAAGUCUAAAAAGUUAGCCUACUUAAAUGCUUUAGUCAAACUUGUAUUGAAAUAUGGAAAUGACAAAUACUCAGGCUUGUCCAAGAGGGAUAUUCUGUGUUGCCUCCGACUGGGAUUGUUCCACGAGGCAAAGGAAGUGCGUGCAGCAGUAUUACGAGUGCUGCGUUAUUUUCUACAAGAGUCGGAAACUGUAGAUUUACUGUACAGCCUUCACAUUGAUUACUUAAUUGUCAGGUCAAUAGAUAUAAGUCUGGACAAUGAGGUAGAGAGAAUCCACGCAAUAAAACUGGUUCGCAGAAUCCUUCAGAUUGCACCAAAGAAACUGUCCGACCUUUUGCUGUACCCUCUUGUUGCCAUUAGUAACGACGGGACAGGAGAGAGGGACAGAAUGGUCCGCAUAGCCCUGGAAACCAUUUGUGAAACAGCAUUUGUCAACCCUGAACUCCUGGCUAGGUGUGGUGGAAUCAGUGCUAUACUCCGAGCCGCUCUGGACUGCCACCAAUACCCCAGAAUCAACGAAUCACUGGUAGCCACCAUUCUACACCUUCUGAACCACCCCCGAACCAGGCACUUCAUCAAGUUCAACACAGAUCUAGAGCAACUCCUGGCCCCCUUCACUGACUGCCAUUACAGAUUUAGUGCUGAGUCUCUAGAACAGUCAUCAGGAGAAGAGAAAGAACAUUGUUUUGCUGCGAGCAAGAUGGCUGUUAUAUCUAUUAUGCGAACAUGGUCAGGAAUUAUUCGGUUUUGUCGCCCCGAUGCCAGUGGUUUACAGUCAUUAGUGGGCAUUCUCUACCUACCAUACAAGGAAAUACGGCAUGGAAUUCUAGAGAUCUUGUUUGAUUUGUUUCGAUUGAAAAUCCCUGAGUUAACAGAGGAUUUCAACACAGCCCUUCUUAGUGUUGACCCUUCUGACAUUCAGGAGAACUGGUCACUAACUGAUGGAUUUGUGGCUGAGGAGGGAAAGUGCAUACUGCCCCACAUGGCUAAAAUCAGACCAAACCUAAUAGAAAACCAUCUAGCAUUACUUCUGUCUGCCUGGAUAGGAGCAGGAAUUCUGGAGGCAUUAAUAGAAGUCAUUAUUAGCAGCGAUCGCCAACUCUUUGUCCGAGCCACCAUUAUCCUUGGGGAUCUUCUACAUCUGGCAAGCACCAUGCUGCCCGCGGAGUGUACCCAUCACAAUCACUGUCUGCCCUCCCUGUUGGCCCUGGCCUCUUCUCCUGAUCUCACCUCUGCUCAGACAUAUCAGGCUAGGGAAGCCAUUUAUAACUUGGAGCGGCUCCAUUCCAUGAAGAAGCGGGGCCCGGUGCCGUGCAGUCUGUACCUGGAUCAGCUGAUCCAGAGGAAUGGUGGGCGACCAGUCGGCCAGACCAAGUUCUACCUGAGGAAGAAGUAUGACCUGCUCAUUAAUAAGUCCCCGACAGAAGACAUGAUUGGACAGGCCAUCAGGGACUCCCAGGUGAUCGGCACCAAGGACAUCGUCCACUGGGAAUGGGACCUCAUCCCCGCCAUUCUAAAGUGGCCAGAGGAAAAGGUACGACGACUGGAUGACCAGAUCAUACUAAAGUUCUUUAAGAGACUGGUUCAUUUUUACAAGCCGACCAAUCAUCGGUUCUCUCGGCUGGAGUUCGGUCACCGACUGGGACAGAAGAUGGUGCACAGCGGCUGUCUGUUAGUCGAUUUCCUGUUAUCCACUGAACAGGAUGAGGUGCAGAAAUUAGCUUUAGACUUGAUCAGUGACAUAGGGGGAUGCAUGUCUGAGAUUGCUCAGCAGAGGUUGGUUCCAGAGUCUGUGCUGAGUCCGGGAAACGUGAUUAAUACCUGCAGUCAGUUUUACUUCCUGUUCGUGGGCAGAUUCUCCGGGACAAUCAUCGGGGACAAGUACCUGGAAAAGACGGGGGUCUAUCAGUAUUUAUUGGACAUUGUGUCCAUCGCCCCCCAGGACAGCUUUGUGAAGCUGACCGUGUCCAGUCUGAACUACAGUAGGGAUGGUAACACCCGCCCGGUGCUGGCCAAGGCCCUAUGUUCUGCCACCGAGUCUGCCCGGCUCUACUGUACAAAGUUUCUGCGUACAUUGCUGCGAGCACGAGUUGCUGGCUUUAGCUCCUGGGGAAUGGAGUUGCUGGUGAACCAGUUGUACGAUCAGAGCAACCAAGUUGCUCAGGCUGCGCUCCAUGUACUGGAGGAGGCAUGUGACAUACAGCCUUGUCUAAAUUCGGUCAUUAAACUGCGCCCCCAGUGUCUCCACCUGGGGGAGAGGGGGGUACUGCUCCUGUGUCGCUUCAUGUCCACAGCCAAAGGUUUCAAAAUGCUCAGUGAUGCCAACUUUAUUCUCAACGAAGUCCAAAAAUGGGAAAAGACAUACAAUGUCCGUUAUGUCCACAUUGUGGAAGAUUUGCUGAACGAGGCAUUAACCACCUACGAGAAAACAUACGAGGGUUCCUUCACUCGCAGAUCUAGCAGGAAGAGACCAAACAAGGACGCCUACGUUCCCGUCCACCUGUACGGUCAGCUGACUCAGCACAAGGAAGGAUUCAGUCUCCUUCAACAACAGGAAUGUAUCAGUGAAUUUUUCCAGUGCAUUAAAUGUCUGGAAUUGCACUCGGAUGAAGAUGUCCUGAAAAUGAAAACAGCUUUAUGGGCAGUGGGUCACAUUGGAACCUCUACAUGGGGUGUAACCUGGUUGGAGGAAGAACGCCUGUUGCCAGAAAUCAUCAAAUUAGCUGAGGAGAGCGGGGUCUUCUCCAUCCGAGGGACAGCAUUCUAUGUGUUGGGACUACUGACCAGUACAAGGGAGGGGGCAGAGUACCUGACACAGCUGGGCUGGGAGUCGUGCUGGCACACCCGAGAGGACCGCUGGCCCGUGGUGGAAGACCGCUCUGAGCUCCUCAUCGAGCUCCAAGACUCGGAGGGUGGGAGGGGAGUGGACCUCGAUGUGAGGGGCCCCAACUCCCCCAGUCUCAUGUCAUCCAGCCUCUUCUUCAUAGAGGAGGAAAAAAUGGUGGGAGAACAAGGUUGUGAGACAGAGUUUAAACAUAGCUGUGAUCAAAACUCAAACAUUGAGGCUUCAUUGUUCAUUCCAAAGCGGAGUAAAACGUUACCUAAUGAACUCAGCUACAACAGGCGAUACAAGUCUCUACCCAGUAGGACCAGUAGUCUUAGGAGCUAUUCAUUGGGACAUCAUGAUAGAGAUAAGGUACAAGCGAGUCGGGACGAUCAGAGGUUGAUGGCAAGGCGUGUAAAUUCUCCGAUCGGACAGAACGAGGAUGUUGUGUCAAACAGACUCCAGGCCAAGAAAGCUGGAAACAAAGAGAGUCGAAAAACUAUUCCUGUGAUAUGCUUGUCAGACAUGGAUUCUGGGACCUUCGAGGGUUCCAGUUCGGACAAUGCAGAUGGUAAACCUGAUUUCUGUGAUAAUUUCUGUGCAAUGGAUGAUGAGGGGGAUGGUAUAACAUUUAGUGUGAAGGAUGAUGAUAAAUCGGACAGCUCAGAAACAAAAACUCUGACGAACCAGUCGCUGAAAAAAUCGCCAAACCUGCGGGACGGGAGGUGUAGUAGCAGUGACAGUUCACGAACAAGCAACAAGAGUCGCGCAGAUAGUUUUAACACCGAUUCCACAACCAGUGGUGUCAGUUCGUGUGAAUCUGGCCCACAUACAUGUCUUUCAUCUGAUUUUAUGUCCCUUAGUCCAAUAGCUAGCACUAGUUCUAUAGACACAUUAGAAAUCAUCCAAAGGGGAAGCUCCGAUAUGAGAGACCUUAUACAUCCUUCAUCAUUCCGACGGAAAUCUUUGAAUUUGAAACGUGUGCCAAGUCUGAGAAAUAAGCAGGCCAGUCCGGCUUAUGGUAUUCUGCCGUCUGCUCAACUGUUGGAUGGGAUGUCAACCGAGACUGCUAUUAUGUACACCACAUCUCGUGACGCUCUGGGAUAUGCCACGUGGAGGUCGAUCAAGAGACAGCGGCGAAUAAGCUCUGAUGUGGAGUCUGACAUGGGGCUGAAUUCACUGUAUGGGGAGGAAGAGGGCAGUGAGCUAACAAGAAAAAAUAGCCUGGACUCCAAAAUGAGUGUCGAGACAUUUUCUUUUCGAUCAAGUUCUGGGAUUCCUCGUAAUGCCAGUAGUGUGUCAUUGUCUGAUCAGGAGCGAGCAGGAACUCCCUUUGGGGUAGCCCCAAAAGCGAUCCUUUUACAGAGGAGGCCCCACACAGGGGAGGCCGAAUUCCUGGGCCUCACUCUCCCAGUGGACAUCAAUAUGAUGUUUGAGGUUCAUGCCGGAGAGGAUGUUCGUUCAGAGACGAGAGCUGAAAAAGAGGAGGCGUCCCAGGAUCAGAAGAGAGCACCCAGAUCCCGAAAGUCUUCUAGAAAUUUGCUUGCCUCAGAAAACUUUGAGCAUGAUGCUUCAGCCUGUCUUAUCUGUUCCCAACUUAAGAGACAGGACCUGAGCCAGUCAGAAAUAGAGGAAGCCCUGCAAGAGGAUGGGGAUUUUGAGAGUGUUACAAUGGACAAGGACCCAGGGAGUUUAAAUGCGGCCAUCAAGCAACAGAAGGGGGCUCGGCCUCGCUUCAGUAGUAUAAACGAACCCUCCUCUGCAACCCCCGGCAGUGUCACUAGUUGUACCAGCUCAGAUUCGUUGACAGUGAAGAUGUCAUUCGACAAUGUCCACGGGAAAGGUCUGAUCCGGAAGGAGCUGAGGAAGUUAGUGAUCAAUCUCAGCAGCUCCGUGGGAAUCAAGGGCUCCGAGCAAGGCCUGCUCAUGUUGAAGCAGAAGUUUCCAGCAGUGUUCAAUGACAUUUGUUUUUACUCCGAAGUAUGUCAUCUGCUCUCCAUGUGUUCAUUCAGAUUAAAUGCCAGAAGAUUUGUUCAAGAGUUGUUUGAAGAUUUUAAAUUGAAAAAGUUGAUAGCAGAACCCUACUCCCUAAUAAACAUGGUGGAGGGAGGAGAGAAGAAUGUAAUCCCAGUCACCAAGCAAGACAACCUGGACAGUCUGUACGAGUACAACCAGUUCUGACACCGCGGGGUGAUCAUCCAGGACACGAUGAAACUCAAGGUCUAGUCUGUCAUCUUAGCAUCAACAUACAGACAUUCUCGAUAUGUGGCAGAUUUAAGUCAACUACAGACUGUGUUAGUCUCAAGCCAGCCAGUCAGUGCUAUAACACGGCCAUUGUGUCAAGAUGUGAAUUGUUAAGAUUAUAAAUUAUGGGCUUUGUGUAGAAUGGAUGAUUCAAUACAGGAAACAGUUGAUGUUACAAGGAAUGACAAAGCUUCAGGAGUUGGCCUACUUACAACGACAACUUCACACUUGGUCAAUGUUCUUUUUCCAGUACACACAAAUGAUGCUAUACAAAUAACAUUCAUGAUUUCCAGAGAAAGGAGAGCAGAUUUCUGUCCAUUUUUCCCCUAUAGAGAAUGCUCUGUUAUAUCUGUGUUAUAUCUGUGUUAUAUCUGUGCUGUUUGCCCGGCACUGGAUUUCUAUAUAACCAAUCUUGUGACUGUGUUUGUGAUGUCAUGAGUGAUGUCCCUUUGUACCAUGCCACACUGUGAUGUCCUUUUUAUCGCUGUAUCCCCCAUUGAUCUCUCUCCAUUAAAAUUCAUUUAUCAUUUAUUGAACCAUUUGCUUCUAAAUGAUCCCCUGUUUUGGUCUGACAGGCACAGAUUGAAUUAUAGUGGAACUCUUGUUUUUUGGAGAGGAUAGGAUGAUGACUGUCAUACAGUCAGGUAAUGCAGUACAUACAUAUAUGUAUAUGAAGUAGUAUAUAUAAGCCAAGAUUGUCAACAUCAUGAUUGAUUUAACACUAUGGAAUGGAAUGAUUCAAAGAGUAACUUUAUAAUUUACUCAUAAAAAACAUGAAAAGUCUCAUGCAGUGUUUUGCUGACACUAAAUACCCAGUUUGUUAUUUGACCUGAAUAUCCUUAUUUUUAAUUAAAACCAUAAAAAGACUGUUCAGCUCCUAGAUGCAUGUGAAGGCUUUUUUCCUUAAGCUUUUCAAACUAAUUAUGAACAUUCGCAAUUAAUCAGAAGAGAAUUAACAUCCCAUUAUCUUCACCACUGGCCAAUUGGCAUUGCUUCUAUGUGUAUUUUUGGAACACCAAAUGUAUUCACACAAAAGAUUGCAUAUUGUGAUCACAAAAAAAUUGUUACCAAUGGAAUAAAAUGAAUAAAUGAAUUUAUCUA